ACAGAAGUUCUGCUGCAGUACCAAGGUCACACACAGGGGGCCCAAAAUUGACUUGACCUAUGUCUAAGUUUACUUGUAUCAUAUAUAACCUCCCUAGCACGUAUGCUAUGUACAUGCCAUGGACUCCCUUAGCUUAGACACCAACCGUAUUCAGCUAAAGGGAAUAGUAAUGGUUUAUUACUCAGUACAAAUAAUUCACAUUGUCACGUCAGUAGCAACACAUAUACAUAGUCAUGCGUUGAAUUGCAGUACGGACAUUACAUACUAGUAGUUAAAAGUCAUCAAUCAGAGCAAUAUCAAGAAUAAAUGAUAUAUACAUCUAAAAUUAACUAUUCAAGUUAACUCUCAAUUUACAACUAAACUUAUUCAUUUUAAAAUCAUGUGGCAUUACGCACAAAAUCGUCCAGGUAAAAUAUACACAAUAAUACACAUCUGUAUCUAAGUCCAAGAUUGAUAAAUACUACUAGUAGUAAGUACACAUAAUGUAGGCUAAUCAAGCAUAAUACAACAUGCAUUAUGGUUACUCGGAAUAACCAAACUGAAACUGUGCAAACAAAACUACUUUACGUUUACGGAAGAAAACAACCGCUUAUAUGGCUUAGUACGAUUAUUAGAACGAAGAAGUUGCACACACAGAUAGAAGAUUAUACAUCGAUUGUAUGAUUUGUGAAGUAAUUGCGCAUAUCUUCUGUCCCUUCUUUGCGAAAUAACGUAGAAGGAAGUAUCUUUGUUAGUAAUGACGUAUAGGAUACGAUUGCUGUCGCAAGAGAAGAAACUAAUUGAUCACCGUGGGAUUUGCGUUGACAUGUCCGGCCCGUGGUAAGCGUAUUUAUUCCACGGUGAUCAUAAUAAUAAUGUAGAAAUUGAGAGUUGUAGUUUCUCUAACGAAAAAAUUCCACGGAACUGAUUUCUUUGGAAAUAAAGAUUAUUGACGUACAACGUUACCAUUUUAUGAUAAAUGUGCAUAUAACAUUCCGAAACGUACUACGCGCCAGUAUCGUAUAACCAAUUUCUAAGAAUUAAUUACACAUCGUAGGCGCAUGUCUAAAACAACGUUCUAGAGCCUUCAAAACGCACAGUACACAUAACAUUAUAAGCAGGUAAGCGGAUAUUGCCCUUACAUGGAUUAAUUACCCUAAGUAAACCCCAUGUCAAUAAGACGGAAAAAUAAAGCUUGCCGUUGCCAUGGCUACAACGAUAAUGGGCUUUUAUACUUGAUAAUUAUAGCAAGACAGUCUGGAGCACUUUGCACAGCAUUGAGUACAUUUAAUGCAAGGGGAGGUGAUUUUUCUUGCUGUCAAUGCGCUCUUGGCGACUCGCGUAGGCGUCAUUUUUAUUAGAAUAAGUAUCAACGGUUUGCGUACAACGCUUGCGCAAACUGUGAUUACCCAAAAUGGACGCCUGCUGCGUUGCAUGCGGUUUUAUCUGAGUGUUUGUGUUGUAACAGGUUCAAUCAAGGACUAGCUAGACGCAAGGUGUUAGUGUCAGUGUGUUGUCCAACCGUUCCGUUGGCAGCUGUUGUAGAGGGAAGCGGACGUGUAUUCAGCGCCAUUUUAUCAUCAUCAUGCCCCUGUCGUCAUGGUUGCCAUGGACGGGGAGCGAGCAGCAGUUCCCCGGACAGAAGCCGGACAGUAUGGUGGUGGCUGACUGCCUCAUGACCGAGCUAGAGUGGCAGCUACGAGAGGCGGAUCGGCUAGCCAGGGAAAGAGAGGAAGAAGAGAGGCGCCGUCAAACGAAGGUGGACUACAGCUGGUUGGCAUGUACGUCCACCCGCAGCCGGUCGCGCUACCAGCUGUCCCAGAUGGACCGGUUAGAACUGGAGACCAUGUGCUCACAGGUGCGGCCUGAGGAGAGCGGUGACGUCAUCGUGCGCUUCCGGGACCGGCUCUAUCCGGAAAUGUCGGCUCAAGAGAUACCACUGGUAAUGCGUGCAGUCAUCCGACAGGUGUUCCAGCGGCGUAACCCCGCCCCGGACAGCUGGUCCCGCCGCCUCCGGAGUCAGAGCAUGAUCCUCUGGAGUACUCAGUCCUCCGCACGGGUCCACCCUUCAUCCAGGGAAUCCAGUAGCGGCGAGGAAACGGGGAUAGAGAUGGACUCCAGACGGGUGUUUUCACUACCAGACUUCACAGCAAAAUCGGUGGCGCAUCUACCUGUGUGAGCGCCCUCUAGAACGUUGAACCUGUCCAAAACAAGGAACAUAGACUUACAGAAAGUGAGGAUAAACUGAUUCAAUUUACAUCAAGAUGCGGAAGACAAUCGCCCUUCGAAGUGAAACUUUCUUAAGCUUUAAAGAGUGGAAGAGAAUUUCAACUGUAUGAAUGUCGUCGACACUGUCAUGUUUAUCAUACCCUGGGUGCCAGACCGACGGAGCCAGUUGGUUUCUUCACCGGCGGCCAUAUGCAGUCUUCCCGCCGAUAUAUAAUUAGCACACCGGGGAGUUUAGCUAGAAGGAGGGGCUGGCAAAACUCUCCGGAGCGGGAGAUUGUACAUUGAGCCGCCGAAGAAACCGCCUGCCACCCUUGGGUAUCAGUCUGGUAACCAGGGUAUGUCUAUCAAGGUGACUUGGUGCCUUGGAUUUGUGCCUCUUUUUUCUGCAUUGGCACGAACGUGUGUAUACUGCAUCCAUGUUAACGGUGUAUUGAGGCAGUGGAUAAAACAAAGUUCUUGGUACACAACCAGGUGUUUUUACCUAAACAACGCUUCGGUGACCGUCUGUUACCUUCCUCGGGAUAAUUCAGACUGCUGCAAUACUUCGCACUGCAGCUAGACGUCGCUGCUGCAUUGUGGAAAGCGGAUGGUGACAGACGGUCAACGAAACGUCAGCUUGCAUGGUAGAACAACAAUGGUUGUAUUCACUGACUCACUGGUUGUUGUAUUUUCUCAUACUGUGUAUGUUGGUAUUAAAUAUCUUACCCAAAGGUAAGUUGAAAAUUGAGUUAAAGUGAAAUCAACGAUAGGGAAGACUAUGAGGGGGUACUUCAUGCAACAAGGACAAUGUAUAUAAGUCAAUUGAUUUAUUGAUCUAAAUGAAAAUCGAAGUUUUUCUGGGAUAGGUUGCUUGUCACAAAAACGCUACAAUUUCCCUCCCAGUAUCUGCCUGGAGAUUGUUGCACAAUGUUUGAAUACUUAUCUAUACAUAUUAAUGAACAAUCUUGAUAUGUAUGGCAGUAUGGUGUCUUUAUUAUGAAAUACCUUUUAUGAUACAAUGUGUACUGGCAUGGCAAUCAUAAUUCAAACAAUAUCAUCUAGCAGAACUUUAGACAGUAUGGCCACGAAAAAGAAUGGGAUUUUUAUUCACAACGUAUAACUUACGAAGGAUACAAAUGUUGCAAGGCCACAUUUAAGCCCAUGAAACGCUAUUCAUGUUGGACCAGAUUGUUGCGUAGUAAAAGUUGUUCGCUUUUGUACUUGAAGAUUAAUUUAUCAGUAAGUGAAACUAUCAUGGUUGAAAUUGCGGUUUGCAAUCGAAGCUUUUAUAAUGAGUGUGUGGUGGGUGGAUUUCAUUAUUAUGAAUUUUGUGCAAAUAAUUGGUAAUUGUUAUAAACAUACCCAAUUAAAGUAUAAGUAGCUUUUAGCCUUAUUACAUGCAAUAACUUUAAACGUUUAUUUCACAGGAUUUCUGCACGUUUGUGGCGUGGCUGCGUCCUAAAUUGGUAAAUUGUUACCAUUGACUUGAUAUUGGGAAUAUCGUUCACACUUGUAAGACAGCAAAGUAGAUAAAACGUGAAAAAGAUUCGUUUGUAUCGUUGAGCAUUCUGUCUAUUCUGUCAACUACAGCUAGCGAGGUCACCAACGUAUACCGCACUGAGCUUCAGAUACCGAAAUUAUCAUGGCAAUAGAAUAAUAAGAAAGGCUUCCCAAAUAUUGUUGUGAUGUCCGUCAGAAAUCAGUUAUUUUGAUAUCACAUGAACGAGCCCCUCCUUGGACUGUCUGUACAUACGCGAAUCUUGCAGUAGUAAAUUAUAGUUUUCUAGUGGGCUGCCAUAAACAAAAUACAUUAGUAGCUGUAUAUUGUUAAUAUUGUGCCAUGUUAUGUUGUAUAUGUCGGGUUCGAAAAUGCUAGGAACUAUGUGUAACUGUCCCAGUAGAUGUGCCAAUGUUGUAUUAUGUCACGUCGUGUUUAUACACAAUAAUUCGCAAACAUGUUUUGUAGGAUCAAUGGCAUUUGAUGAAAUCUGUGUAAUGUUUAUUCAACUUGAUUUAAGAAUACAUUUUGAAAGGUA